GGAAUUUCCGACGGUCCGUGAAGCCAGCAGCAGCAGCAGCCGCCGCUACCCACCCGCAUCGGGGGCAGCCUUCCUUCAUUCAGCGCGUGUCAGGCUGCGGAGCGGAACAACAGGCUACCUCCAUCCUCUCGGUCCGCUGAUGCUGCACAGCUAUGUGUGACAAAGGAAAUAUUUAAGCCAGACUGCUCUCUAACAAAGAGCCCUUAAAAAGUCAACAUCAACAUGUGACAUCAUCGUUUUCUUACUGGUAACACAGUUGCAAUCACCAGGACGGCUUCUACUGGACAAAACGCUCCCUCCAACAUCAGCUUAAAAAAAAAAAAAAAAGGAAAAAGAAGGCGAUGCUCUAUUGUUAUCAAUCAAGAACGCAUUAUCAGAACUGUUAGAGCCUUCCUAGGAUGUCCAAGUUCCCAAGACCUGCUUCCGGGGCGGCUUCAGAAAUGUGAGAUUAAGCCAUGAAUAUAAACGGAGCGACUGAGUCUGCCUCUGUCCUGUCGGCCGGGCGGCCUUCUCUCCACCUCGCCGCGCUGCAACGCCUCCACAGCGUCCGCACACGCAGCCGUCGCUGAUGGACCUGUUCCCGCGGACGCCGGGGUCCGACUCCAGCCGCGCCAUGACCUCGUCCGACCGCGACGAGACGGGGAGCGACCUCUCCGAGUCGGUGGAGAUCGGGGAGCUCCGGGACCAGUACGUCUCCCCGGAGAACUGCUUCAAGUCCAAAAGUUUGCCCGUCCUGAACGGGCCGUGCGAGCAGGCCGGGGCCCCCUCCACGCGGCCCGCGGAGGACGACCGGCUGGCCCUCCAGCUGAAGACCCCCGAAUCCAGCCAGGCGGAGUCGCCCUCCUCGUGGACGGACUUCUCCCCCUCGGUGUCCAGCAUGGUGGGGCUGAGCAGCUCCAUGCCGGUGGAGGGCCACGGCCCCGCCGGCUUCCGGGGCAGAAAGCUCGGCUUCUCCCUCAGCCGCUUCAUCCAGAUCCCCGUCAGGAGGUGCGUCCGGGUCAUCCUGAGCGACUCGCGCUGCUUCCUGUUCUGCAUGUGCUACCUGACCUUCAUCCAGUCCCUGAUGGUGUCGGGCUACCUGAGCAGCGUCAUCACCACCAUCGAGAAGCGCUACAGCCUGCGCAGCUCCGAGUCGGGCCUGUUGGUCAGCUGCUUCGACAUCGGCAGCCUGCUGGUGGUGGUCUUCAUCUCCUACUUCGGCGGCAGGGGCCAGAGGCCGCGCUGGCUGGCCGUGGGCGGCGUGGUGAUAGCCGUCGGGGCGGCGUUGUUCUCCCUGCCGCACUUCAUCUCCCCGCCGUACCAGAUCCAGGAGGUGAACUCCUCGGCGGGCCACGAGGGCCUCUGCCAGAGCGAGAACGGCAGCGGCCGGCAGCCGGACGCGGCCCCGUGCCCCCGGGACCAGGAGGGCAACGAGCACAGCCUGUACGUGGCGCUGUUCGUCUGCGCCCAGAUACUCAUCGGCAUGGGCUCGACGCCGAUCUACACGCUGGGACCCACCUACCUGGACGACAACGUGAAGAAGGAGAACGCCUCUCUGUACCUGGCCAUCAUGUAUGUUAUGGGAGCUCUGGGACCUGCUGCUGGGUACCUGCUGGGAGGCGUCCUGAUUGGCUUCUACGUCGACCCCAAUACCGAGGUGCACAUCGACCAGAAUGACCCUCGCUUCGUUGGCAACUGGUGGAGCGGCUUCCUCCUGUGUUCCAUCGCCAUGCUGCUGGUCAUUUUCCCCAUGUUUGCCUUCCCCAAAAAGCUGCCUCCACGCCACAAGAAGAGAAAGAAGAAGAAAAAGAUGAGCUCUCCGGGUGACGUGUCCAGCGACGACGACGUGAAGAAGGAAAAGUCUAGUAGCAAAGGCCAGAAUGUGUCCUCCUCUAUGGGAUUCGGAAAAGACGUCAAAGACCUCCCCAAAGCUGCCAUGAGGAUCCUCAGCAACAUGACGUUUCUGUUCGUCAGCCUGUCCUACACAGCUGAGUGCGCCAUCGUCACGGCCUUCAUCACCUUCAUUCCCAAAUUUAUCGAGUCACAGUUUGGCAUCCCGGCCUCCAAAGCCAGCAUCUACACAGGUUUAAUCAUCGUGCCCAGCGCCGGCGUGGGCAUCGUCCUGGGAGGCUACAUCAUCAAGAAGCUGAAGCUCGGCGCCAGGGAGUCGGCGAAGCUGGCCAUGAUCUGCAGCGGGGUGUCCCUGCUCUGUUUUUCGACCCUCUUCAUCGUGGGCUGCGAGAGCAUCAACCUGGGAGGCAUCAACAUCCCCUACACCACCGGGCCCACCCUGACCAUGACCCACCGAAACCUGACCGGCAGCUGCAACGUAAACUGUGGCUGCAGGAUCCACGAGUACGCUCCGGUCUGCGGCUCCGACGGCAUCACCUACUUCAACCCCUGCCUGGCUGGGUGCAACGCCGUCGGCAACGACAGCACCGGGGUGAAGAACUACACGGACUGUGGCUGCGUUCAGAGCCGGCAGGUCAUCACCCCGUCCUCCGGCGGCCAGGUCAACCAGCUCCAGCUGGUCAUCGUCAAGACGUACCUGAACGAGAACGGCUACGCCGUGUCGGGGAAGUGCGACCGCACCUGCAACACGCUCAUCCCCUUCCUCAUCUUCCUCUUCAUCGUCACGCUCAUCACCGCGUGUGCCCAGCCCUCCGUCAUCAUCGUGACGCUCAGGUCUGUUGAUGAACAGGAGAGGCCUUUUGCUCUCGGGAUGCAGUUCGUCCUGCUCCGAACGCUCGCCUACAUCCCCACGCCCAUCUACUUCGGCGCCGUCAUCGACACCACCUGCAUGCUGUGGCAGCAGGACUGCGGCGUGCACGGCUCCUGCUGGGAGUACGACGUCACCUCGCUGCGCUUCGUCUACUUCGGCCUGGCCGCCAGCCUCAAGUUCGUCGGCUUCAUCUUCAUCUUCCUCACCUGGUACUCGAUCAAGCACAAAGAGGCGCAGGCUGAGCGCUGGCGCCAGCACCUGCCUCCCCUGGGCACGGUCAGCGACCUGGUCUGCCACGCCGGCGGCCGGAAGAGCCACGCCCGCACCCGCUCCUGCCCCGUGUUCAUCGCGCCUCGGCCCGACGCGCCGGCGGCGCUGCUGCUGGACCGCGGCCACAGCAGCCUGAGCUGCCCGGGCAACGGCCUCAAAGCAAUACCUCCUGCCGUCUUGCUGCCGCCGCACCACCACCACCGAGGCUCGGCCCACGUCUGAUGGGGCAAAGGGAGGGAGGUUUGUUCGUCGUGACACGUGCCUUCCUGUUUGUGUCUCCGCACAACACGGCGUCUGCUUUACUCCGGACCGACAAGUGUGCCCACCGUACCUAAAGGGCUGGUCAUCGAUUCAUGGGGAACUGAGCAUAUCAUCAUCAGCUGCAGCCACACUGGAUGGACGAUGGAAGAACAUUAAACUGGUGCUACUGUUAACGGACAGGGCAUUAUAACGUCUGUACAGGCAGAAGAGUCAUCAGCACUGCGUCUAAAGCACAACCGACACUCUGUACUAUGCAAAAAAAAAUAAUAAUAAUCUACAUCCUGCGCAUUUCCUCUCAAUCCUCCUUCACGCAAACUAGGUGUUCUUUUUAUUAACUCAUUUUCCAGAGAUGUUUCACCUGGAUUUGAGUCUGUGUCGUCUAGGAGGUUCACACAUUUAAGGUUAUAAGAGAAUUAGGAUUUAUACCUUUGUUCACAAACUGUCCCCCCCCCCCCACCCUUUACAGUGCCUCUCAGGCUGCUACGGCCAGUCCGGUACACAGACCUGGCUGUCAGGGUUAAUGUUGGCCACCGAAGAUCGCUUUCGCCCAACUUAACCUUGUAGCUUAAAGCAGUUAAAAACCAAUACAAGUUAAAUUAAGCUGAAAAACUAAAUGAAAUGGGGAAGGAAAAAAAAGAAUAAUGUCUGAAAAUGUGCUGAAACUACUGUAAAUCCUAAAGAUGUGAAAGCAGGUUUGGAAAAAGUGGCGUCAUCUUUGGCUUUCUAUUUAUAAAAAGCUCCUCCAUUCCAGUGCUCAUUAGAUGUACAUAGUUGUUAUUUAGCUGUCUAGACUUUUAAAGAUUUAGCGCAGCAGAGCAUGACCAUUCAGAGGGGGAUUAAAAAAAAUGUAAUUGUUUGGUGCCAUCUAGUGGACAGAAAGAUUUUUGUACGGAGCCAGUGAAUAUUGACGUUUUCCGAUCUUCUGUAUGUUUGAGAAAUUAUGGCUGGGGGAAAAAAAAUAAAUGUUCAAAAUUAAACAUUUCUCUAAACCGA